CGGGGACUUAUCGGACGGCGUUGGUUUGAUAAGACGGAGACGAGGAAGUGAUUUGGGUCCUAAGUGUUGACUAUCUAUAUAUGUGUACGCGGUGGUCGGACUUUGAUACGGGAUUUACAGUCGCCUUGUCAUAACACGGAAAAGUUACCGUGGUCAUUUUCUUAUUGCACCUGUAAAAUUGGUGUACCGAGGAAAGUCUAAGCCACGGCGAGUCGCUGUUUGGCAUCGACCUAUGUGUUCAGAGGAUUUUACGGAAUAAUACAGCACCGGAUUGCUUAUCGAGUUCAGUCGGCUCCGGACAGGACAGGAUGAAGGGCUGGGUCCCUACGCUGGUCCUAACACUAUUAGUGGUGCCGGGCCGUCUCCAUUCCGUUACUCAGACUACUGCAAGAACCAAAAGUAUGACCUCGACAUCUACUACGCCUAACAAUACGCAAUCUACUACACAAACCACUGAGCCAUCUGCCACGCCAACCGCUUGGCCGACUUCUGCGCCACCCACUACGGCAACUACCACGCCAACCACUACGCCAACUACUGCGCCACCCACUACGGCAAUUACCACGCCUACCACUACGCCAACUACCGCGCCAACUACCAUGCCAACCACUUUCGCCAACUACCACGCCUACCGCUCCGCCGACUACUGCGCCACCCACUACGGCAACUACCACGCCAACCACUACGCCAACUACCACGCCAACUACCACGCCAACCACUUCGCCAACUACCACGCCUACCGCUUCGCCGACUACUGCGCCACCCAAUACGGCAACUACCACGCCUACCGCUUCGCCGACUACAGCGCCACCCAAUACGGCAACUACCACGCCAACCACUACGCCAACUACCACGCCAACUACCACGCCUACCGCUUCGCCAACUACUGCGCCACCCAAUACGGCAACUACGAAGCCUACCGCUUCGCCAACUACUGCGCCACCAAAUACGGCAACUACCACGCCAACAACUAUGCCAACCACUUCGCCAACUACUGCGCCACCCACUACGGCAACUACCACGCCAACCACUAUGCCAACCACUUCGCCAACUACUGCGCCACCCACUACGGCAACUACGAAGCCUACCGCUUCGCCAACUACUGCGCCACCAAAUACGGCAACUACCACGCCAACCACUAUGCCAACCACUUCGCCAACUACUGCGCCACCCACUACGGCAACUACCACGCCAACCACUAUGCCAACCACUUCGCCAACUACUGCGCCACCCACUACGGCAACUACCACGCCAACCGCUCCGCCGACUACUGCGCCACCCACUACGGCAACUACCACGCCAACCACUAUGCCAACCACUUCGCCAACUACCACCACCACACCAAAUCUACCAGAACCUCCACGGGAAGUUAGUGUAACGUCCCAAACCAGUGAGAGCGUGACAUUAACUGUAGCACUACCAACCGACUGUGAUGACUGUGGAUCUGUCAUAGUGAAGUACUC